ACUUUAACACUACUCUCAUAUCCCCAUUUUGAAAUCAAAAUUAAGAGAAUUAAUAAUGGCUCGUUCUCAUCUCAAGAACACCAUUAUUUUCUCCAUAUGCAUUCUACUUAUUUUCUUGCAUACACCAAAAACCCUAUCUUACAAUAAUUUUCAAGACGAAGAAUUAGAUGAUGAUGAUCAAGAAUUAUAUGUUCUUGACAAUCCGAUACCAAAUUUCAUUACACGAAGUAGAUUCCUAGCUUCUGUUUCGGUUAUACGAAAAGGUAGGAGUUGUAAUGCUACUUCUAACAACAUUUGCAAUGGAGUUUCUGCCAACAAGGGGACUAGUUUGCUCUAUUGUUGCAAGAAACAUUGCAGAAAUGUCCUCGGAGAUAAGAAUAAUUGCGGCCGGUGUGGUAAUAAGUGCAAAUUUGGAGAAUUUUGCUGCAAUAAGAGUUGUGUUAGUGUUUCUUCUAAUGUUGAUCAUUGUGGCAAAUGCAAUCGUAAAUGUGUGAAUGGAGUUCCUUGCAACUAUGGUUCGUGUGGGUAUGCGUAGUUAAAUUAUGAGAAAAUUACUAUUAUCCGGUUAGGUCGGAAUUAUUAUUUUCUCCGAGAUUUUAAAAAUUUUAUCUUUAUUUUUCUGAUUUUUAGGUAUUAGAUAACUGAAAUUCUUCUUUUAAGAUAAUUUCAGUUAAAUGAAACUGAAAUAUUAGAGGCAAGCAUUAUUUUUCAAAAAAUUGGAGAAAAAAAAUAAUUUAAACCUAAUUAUAAGGAGGCGCUAAUAAUUAUCUCUUAAAUUAAUUUGUUCGAGGGAUUGAUGUGAGUUUUACACCAAUCGACCGGAGUCUUCAAAGACUUAACUUUUGAGUUCGAGUCUAUCAAUCGGAGCGAAUUUAUCAAAAAAAAGAAGAAAGCUUAAGAGGAUUAAUUAAAUUAAUAGUUGUUAGAGAUUAAUUGGUUUAGUUAAAUAAUUUAUGGUCCAUAUUUUUCCAAGGGAGAGAGUGAUUAUUGUGCAUGUUUUUGUAUUUAAAAAGGUCUUGAGGGUUUUAUUUAUUUCCUAAUAUGAAGUAUACAUGAACAAAUUGAUUUGUGUCAUUAAUAAAGUACAAUAUUUAAUUUCUUU